CGGCGGGCUCAGUGCGCAGGCACGGCGCGGGGCGAGCGGCGCUCCCGGCCCUGCAUAAUACGCGGUGCCCGGCGCCGGCGGCGGCGCAGAGCGGAGAUGGGACCGGGCUGGGAGAGCCGCAGCUAGCGCCGCCGCGGCUGCUCGGCCGGCCGAAGGCAGGGACAGGCAGGAAGGAUGAGCUCCUAUGCUGACAUCUGCGGAUCCAAGCAUGCGCAGGGCAGCACUGAGGGAGGGUACCAACGCUAUGGAGUUCGGUCCUACCUGCAUCAGUUUUAUGAGGACUGCACAGCUUCAAUUUGGGAGUAUGAGGAUGAUUUUCAGAUCCAGAGAUCGCCUAGCAGGUGGAGCUCUGCAUUCUGGAAGGUCGGACUCAUCUCUGGGACGGCUUUUAUGCUGAUAGGCUUAACGGUUCUUGUAGUGGGUUUUCUUGUGCCACCAAAAAUUGAAGCUCUUGGGAAAGAUGAUUUUGUUGUGGUAGAUACCCGUGCCAUUCAGUUUAAUGGUUCCCUUGAGAUAUGCAAGUUGGCCGGAGCAAUCUUGUUUUGUAUUGGAGGGUCCGCUGUGGCGGCAUGUCUGCUGAUGUCUGCUUUUGCUAAAAGUUACUCCAAAGAAGAAAAGUACCUCCAGCAAAGGUUUAAAGAGAGAAUAGCUGAUCUAAAAGCCCAUGCAAACCCAGUCACAAAAGCGCCAGCACCGGGAGAAUCAAAGAUACCUGUCACUUUGUCCAAAGUUCAAAAUGUCCAACCUUUAUCUGAAACCUGACCCUUUCCUUAGGUUUUGUUUCUCACUGGUAGAUUACUUUAAAUGGAAAAUAUCAGCUGCUGUUGGCAUACACGCUAGUCAAUUCCAACAUCGAGUGUUCUGCUAUACAAACACACAGCUGAUACGGAAACUGCUCCAAUACAAAUUUAGGGUUGGGAAAAGGGAAAUUAUGUGAUUAGACCUGUGACCAAUAUAUUCAGUGUAUUUAAACACUUUAAUCUGUGUUGAACCAAUAAGUCCUUGCAACAACAAUUAUAUAUUUAGCUAAUCAGAUUGCAUUCCUUGAAAACCUAAGGUGCAUUUAUGACAACUGUAGCAGGAACACCCUACAUCCCAUCAUUUAAAAUUUAGAUGAGUUCACUUUUUGUUUAAAUUUCUUCUUGCCUUUAAAAUACUGUUUAGUCCUGCUUUUACUACUUGGGUCUGCUGUCUGGGAAGCCAAGAUUCUGCCCUUGUAAUUUGCACUUGUCCUCCUGCCACAUGCUACAGUCUGUAUCAAAGUAAUACUGCAGAGGUAAAACAUACAUGACAGUGAGCGUCCUUAAUUUGAUCGUGGCACAUGUCUUUCCCAGAAAGUAACGUUGCUGGGAAGUGAGAAAGUAAAUUUGAUCCUGAGUUAUAACUAACCUGUGCAAAACAGCCACUUUUGUCUUAGUAACUGCCGUAUUAACAAAACAAACAAACUUAAAAAUUCAUGUGGGAGGACGAACCUCAUACUUAUGUAUCUUUGGUUUGAUAGUUUUUCUUUCAUUAUAUUGAAUUAUAUUUGAAGCUUAUACAAAUGGUUUUGGCUGGGUAUGUAUUACUGAAUAUGGUUUGACAUACCCAGGCCCCGUGUUCUGUCAGUACGUUAAUGACGUGUUAGAUGACCUUGACUAAUACUUAUCUAAAGACAUUUUGAAAUGCUGUUUAUAUUUUUAUAGAGGAUAGAAGAAGUUAUGCUUAACUAGAUACAUUUGUGUAAGUGUUUACUUGAAGACUUGUCCUUUCACAAAAGGCCCUUAAUUAUUUUCCCACCCAGAGCAAUUAUUUCACUGUCUUAAUCUAUGGAUUUAAAUUAAGGUGUAUAAAGGAAGAUGUGACAUUUGUACUCUCUGACAACAUGUGCCACGUUAUAGUUCUGUCUAUUUUUUGAAUGGAUUGAAUAAAAUUCUAGGCGUGAGCCAACCGUGGAUUUCCUGAAAAGUCUCUUUCUAGCCAAACAGGUUUCUCUAUAAAUCUAAUAUUUCAAUUUGAAAGGAGAAAUCGGUGGUUGAAAUCCACCGAUAUCCUAAUGUGGUCUCUGUUUUCAGCUUUCAUGGGUAAGGAGGUCACUUUAGUGCUGAAUAAAAAAAAGGUUCCAGCACAAUAAUGACUGACAGGUAUGCGGUAACAGCUGUGUUCUUCCCAUUGCUGAUAAAAGCGUUUUUGGUCCACGACUCAGUUCAUACCUCUGCAACUUAAACCAGAACAUAUGUGUUUGGAAGUUUCAGAUGAAUCCAUGAGAAUUAUGGCUGACAACAACAUUUGAAGUAAAAUUUUCUUCAGAAAAGAAAGUGCCCGUCUUAGCAACACAACAGCAGUGUCCAAACAUUACCACUGAAAAGAUGGACAGUCAAAACCUUGACACAUACAUGCAGUUGCAGAGUGUGAAACAAAGUAGGUUUUGGGCCAUCUGACAACUUGCAGGCACCCAUAUAUUAGAAGUGCAAAAGCACAUUGCACCAAAUGUUUAAAAAUAAGAUUGUAAUCUCGGAGGAAAAAGCAAAUGAAGCUGUGCUUUAGAGGAAAAGAUGAGAAGACUGGUAAGGUUUGGAGUUGUGUAUUAUUUAUGGAGAAAGCCAUCAAGAACAGGGGUGAUGGGUAGCAAUUCCUCACAAGACACACAAGAGGGCUGCGACACGGGUCCGGCUGUUACUGCUGCUGUUCAUUAGUUACUCUAAGCAGAGACAGUAGUCAGCAUUAUCUUUUCACGUUGGGAGGAAUUUUGUUUACUGCUAUCAGCUUUCACUGCUGUCAGGCUACCAGUGCACAAGCAGCAAAGAGUCAGGCUGUCCUGACCUUUUCAAGGCAGAGUUUUAAUUAAAAGUGGUGCAUGGAGGAAAUAUGACAUUAAGUUUUGCAGUGAAGUUCACUGAAGUAGAUGAGAAUGAGGGCGUCUGUAGCUACUAAUGAGUCCCUUCUCCCCACCAAACUUCUGUU